CCACAUAGAAUUAAAAAAAAAAUAAAAAUAAUCACAGAAAAUAUUAUAAAUAUAACGAAGAGAAAGUUAAAAGCGUUUCACAGUAGUUGGCCGCCACACAUCUUCACACAUCCCAAGGCUACGUUCCAACAUCCACCAAUCGAAGUAGUUUUUUGAGCUUAAUAACCGUACAAUCAUCAUCCAUCCAACAGUCACCAAAAAAAAAAAAGCUGCACCAAAUUACCACUUUUUUCAUCAUAAAACAUUUUAAAUCCAAACAGUCAAAGUGAUUCUCCUAAGGCAAUACAUCGAAGACCUCCGCAAGAUUAUUGAGGAGAAGAUGUCGAUCAAUCCAAACGGUUAUAAAUUGUCCGAUAAAACGGCACGACUGACGGCACAGGAUCUUUUGCCAACCACAGUCAGUGCUACGGCUGAGACCCGAGAGUUCCUGCAGAAAGUCAUUGAUGUACUCUUGGAUUUCGUCAAGGCGACUAACGAUCGCAAUGAGAAGGUCUUGGAGUUCCAUCAUCCAGAGGAAAUGAAAGCGCUGCUUAACUUGGAGAUACCUGAUCGCGCAGUGACGUUGCAACAACUGAUUGAAGACUGUGCCACCACAUUGAAAUAUCAAGUGAAGACUGGACAUCCACACUUCUUCAAUCAGCUGUCAUGCGGUCUGGACAUCGUCUCAAUGGCUGGCGAGUGGUUGACUGCAACUGCCAAUACCAACAUGUUCACAUAUGAAAUCGCACCCGUCUUCAUACUUAUGGAGAAUGUUGUACUCUCGAAAAUGCGUCAAAUCAUUGGCUGGGAGGGUGGUGACUCCAUACUAGCACCAGGCGGUUCGAUUUCCAAUUUGUAUGCAUUCCUUGCUGCACGUCAUAAAAUGUUCCCCAAUUACAAGGAGCACGGUGCUGCCGGUUUGCCCGGUCAAUUGGUGAUGUUCACCUCUGAUCAAUGUCAUUAUUCGGUGAAGUCAUGCGCCGCCGUCUGUGGUUUGGGUACAGAUCAUUGUGUUAUGGUGCCAUCUGAUGAACAUGGCAAGAUGAUUACGUCUGAAUUGGAACGGUUGAUAUUGGAACGAAAGGCCAAGGGUCACAUUCCAUUCUUCGUCAAUGCCACGGCUGGUACUACGGUAUUAGGUGCCUUCGACAAUAUUAACCGGAUAGCGGAUAUUUGCCAGAAGUACAACUGCUGGUUGCACGUGGAUGCUGCUUGGGGUGGUGGUCUGCUUUUGUCGCGCAAAUAUCGACAUCCUCGUCUUUCGGGCAUCGAGCGAGUCGAUUCAGUCACCUGGAAUCCACAUAAGUUGAUGGGCGCACUGUUGCAGUGCUCGACUAUACAUUUUAAGGAGGACGGUCUUUUGAUUAGCUGUAAUCAAAUGUCAGCUGAAUAUCUCUUCAUGACCGACAAGCAAUAUGACAUCAGCUAUGACACCGGUGACAAGGUCAUUCAAUGUGGUCGACAUAACGACAUCUUCAAGUUGUGGCUGCAGUGGCGUUCCAAGGGCAAUGAGGGUUUCGAACGUCAGCAGGAUCGUUUAAUGCAACUUGCCGAAUAUCAAGUGAAACGUAUACGAGAACAGUCUGAUCGUUUCCAUCUGAUACUCGAGCCUGAGUUGGUUAACGUCAGCUUCUGGUAUAUACCAAAACGUUUACGCGGUGUGCCACAUGAUAAGAAGAAGGAAACUGAACUGGCUAAGAUCUGCCCCAUCAUCAAGGGUCGCAUGAUGCAGAAGGGUUCACUGAUGGUUGGCUAUCAACCUGACGAUCGACGACCAAACUUCUUCCGUUCGAUUAUCUCCUCAGCUGCAGUGACCGAACAGGAUGUUGAUUUUAUGUUAGAUGAAAUACAUCGAUUAGGCGAUGAUUUGUAAACGAACUGAGCGAAUUGUAAAUUUGAGUCAUAAACUCUGAAGUUAAACUUAACUUUACCAAAAAAAAAAACAAGAGUUAAGUAUAGAAAAAUGGAAGAAACUUACAGCGGCCGCAAUGGCAGAGACAGAGAGCUGCAAAGGCGGAGAAUUAGUUCAAUUAACGAAAACUCAAAACAAAAACUGAUUAUAGAGAAAUUAGUAAAAAAACUGAAUAUAUAUACAUAUAUAUAUAUAUUAUAUAUAUACAUACAUAUGUAUUAGAAAUUAUUAUUUAGCAAAAAAUCUAUAUCGACCAAGAACUAUCUUUAAGGUAAAAGCAUAUCAAAGACCAAAAUUUAAAAAAAAAAAAUGUUAUUCGCAUACAUUCUCAUUACACAGAAGUACGUAUGUACAUAUGUACGUGUAUAACUGUAUAAAUACAUAUAUAGUAAAUUCAUUAUGUGUACAUAUGUAUGUAAUUAGUUGCAAUCAUAACUAACUGCAUAUUCCCAUACAUACAUACAUAUAAUCAUGCUGUAAACAUUGUUAAAUUAUAUAACUGUUUUCGACUUGUUGUUGUUAUUCUAUGCCUGAGACUUUAUGCACUGUUUCUUUCCUUAUACAUAUAUAUGUACGUAUGUAUGUAGUAUGUCCUAAAUCACAUGCAUACAUACAUACAAAAUUAUAUUUAAUGUUAUAUAUACACACAUGCAUACUGAAAGAUACAUAAAUAUAUUUACAAUUAAAAAUAGAAAUUCCAAUAAAUAUGUAUGUUGAAUACUUAAGAGUAUAUAAAUAAAUGGGAAGUGCUAAAUGAAAGCUAAGGAGGAUAUGUGUCUAAGAAAUAAAGAUAAAAUCCCCAACCUCGUUGUCAAUUACAGCUAGGCGAACGGUGAAAAAGCCACACAGAUGCUAAGCACAUAUACAUACACGUAUGUAGUGAGAGCUGUAUAUGUGUAUAAUGUGUGCGCUUUAAGCCCGCAGAAAAGUAGUAAAUUAAUAAUUAUUUAAAUCAACAAGCGGUUUGUAUGUAAUUAUAUUCGCAAAAAAAAUACUCUUAUGUGUAUUUUAAAUUAUACUUACAUACAUACAUAUAAAUAUUUGAAAUGUUAAAUUCAUGAAGCAGAAAAGACACACCCUACACUCAGCUAAUGGCAAGUUGAGUAAAUUAAACGAAUACGCUUUGGACUGUUAUUUGCAGGAAAGGAAAAAACAAAAACACAAAUAAAAAAUGCUAAAUUAAAAAUAAAAAAAAAA